GCUGCUGGAUCAGUCUCAGGUCCAGGCUGCACCCUGAUCUGCAUUUGAAGUGUCUUUCAUUUUGAAAUCAUCUCUGAGUUUCCAGCAUGUCGACUGCACAGAGUCUGCAGGAGGUUUUCACCAACAGCACCGAGAAAAACACCACCAGAGCCCAGGACUGGACCGAGGUGUACGAAGCCGUCAGGUGGAUCCAGCUCGUCAUGGCUGUUCUCAGUAUUCUGGGUUCAGGCUCCAUCAUCGUCUGUGUGAUGUUACAGAGACUCAGCCGGACGCCGGAGCUGCAGCCUCUGUUCCUGCUCAGUGUGUCGGACCUGCUGCUCGCUCUCUGCUGGCUGGUCGGAGCUGCUCUGUUCUCUCGACACUGCAGCCACCUGAACACGCACUGCUACCACCUGCACACUGUGGAACAGGUAACUCAGCCUGAUUAUCUUCUUCCUCUGAGCCACAGAGCUCCUUCUUUGCCAAAAAAACACUGGCUGACAUGUUCCUUCAUCACCAUGAACAGACACCCUGCUGCCCCAAAUACAGAAGCACUAUUUCCUCAUGAUGUCUGA